CGCGAUUGCCUCAAGGUUUCCCCCCCUCUGCUUUAGUGCCGUGCCCUGGGAGCAAAGGACUUCCUUCGGUCAAAGGAUCCGAUGGCUGCCGAUGGCAUCUUCUAAUCUCCGAUGGCGGGUCAGCCAAGGCAGCCACUCUGGCCCAUUCGCCUAUUCUCUGCCCAGUUGGCCACCGCAACUCCCGUCCGGACGGCAAAUGGCGUAGGCGAGGCAGCGGCGGCGGCGGAUGGGAUGAUCCCUCGGUUGACUCGUUCCACUGCAAGGCAAGCGAGUUGGCAGGGGGGAGAUGGUUCGGUCCCCCAACGUCAGCUUAGCACCUCAACCAUUCCUUGUAUAUCAUUCCACUCCCUCAUCCAAUAGCAUACCAAUACCCCACCUACCCCAUCCCACGUUCAACCUCACCCUCACCCACACACCUCACCCACUCCAGCCACGCUCAUGUCGUCGGCCACAGACGUCAACGCGCAGCACGACGGCGCAUCCUCCACCGCCGACUGGAACAAGUACACCAACAGGAGCUACCCAUGGCAACGUGCCGUCACACCCUUCCAUCGCCUCGUCGAGCACGAGUACGAUGGCAAGGGUACAGAAGAGUCACCUUACCUCGUACACUGGCUACCCCACGAUGACCCCGAGAACCCAAUGACAUGGGGUGAAUACAGUAGAUGGGGCCUCGCCAUCUUUGUCAGCGUCAGCACACUCGCAGUCGCACUCGCUUCCUCUGCCUACUCGGGCGCAGUAGACUCCAUUGGUGCUGAGCUAGGUGGAAGCGAAGAGGUUCUCAUCCUCGGAGUAUCCAUGUUCGUACUAGGAUUCGCAAUAGGACCCCUCUUCUGGGCUCCCCUAUCGGAAAUGUUCGGUAGACGUAACCUCUUCCUCAUGAGCUACACAAUGAUGACACUGUGGCAAGCAGUCUCCGUAGCUUCACCCAACAUUGGAGCCCUCAUCGUCUUUCGAUUCCUUGCUGGAGCUUUCGGAUCCUCGCCACUGACAAAUGCCGGUGGUACAAUUGCAGAUUGCUUCAAGGCAGAUGAGAGGGGACUGGCCAUGGCCGUCUUUGCAUCCGCCCCCUUCCUGGGACCCUCCCUAGGACCCAUCACCGGUGGUUUUCUGGGCGAGUCAGCAGGUUGGAAAUGGGUCAUUGGCUUCCUCGCCAUCUUCUCCGGCACCAUCCUGAUCAUCGGAUUCUUCUUAAUGUCCGAGACUUACGCUCCCGUGUUGCUGCGAGCACGAGCCAAGAAGCUCAGCAAGGCUACUGGAAAGCAUUACCUUAGCGCACUCGACGUCGGCAAGGACACCUCUCUCAAGGCGCAGUUCGCCGUCGCCCUCUCAAGGCCCUGGCAGCUCCUCGUUCGCGAGCCCAUCGUGCUGGUCCUAUCCAUCUACAUUGCCAUCGUCUACGGUAUCCUCUACUCCUUCUUUGCCGCUUUCCCCUUGGUCUUCCAGACACUUCGCGGUUGGAGCCCUGGUCUCGGUGGACUUGCCUUCUUGGGCGUCCUCGUCGGUAUGCUCACCGGAAUCGGUUACAUUGUAGUCUACGAGAACCCACGCUACGUCCGCGAGACUGCAAAGGCAAAUGGCAAGAUGCUCCCUCCCGAGCAGCGCCUGGGCCCUUCGAUGAUCGGCUCCGUCCUCUUGGUCAUCGGUCUGGCCAUCUUUACCGGCACAAACGGACCCAGUGUCCACUGGAUUGCCCCCAUCAUCGCCGGUGCGCCCUUUGGCGCGGGAAUGGUCUUGGUCUUCCUGAGCGUCAUGAACUACCUCAUCGACGCCUACCUCCUCUAUGCCGCUUCGGUCCUCGCUGCCAACUCGGUCAUCCGAUCCGUCUUUGGAGCUGCCUUCCCCCUCUUUACAAACUACAUGUACCAACCUGUGGGAUGCCCACUCGCCACGUGCGGUGUACACGUAGGAGCAGGAAUUGCCCUUGCCCUGGCUGUGCUUUGCGUACCUGCACCCUUUGUUUUUAACAAGUAUGGACCAACCAUUAGGAGCAAGUGCAAGUUUGCUGCUGAGGCUGCUGCUCUCAUGGACAAGAUGAAUCGUGAAGCAGAACAAGAAGGGGAGGGACAUGAUGAAAAGAACAAGGAAAAGUCGGGAGAGAAGGCUCCUCGUGAUGAAGAGGAGGCAGUGGAGACGGAUCGAACUGCUGCUAGCUCACCGCAUCGCGAAAGGUCGCAUGGCAGUGGUAGGGACAGCGAGUCUGAUGCUGCGACGAUGGGAGAAGAGGGCAGCAGUGGCAUCAGCGGGAAAAAGAACAACAAGGCAGGCGCAGCUGACGCAGCUUAGUGGAGUGGACUGCACACUUGCACACACAAACAUAGACGGUCUCGUUUCUCUUUUGCACAAAAACGCACAUCAACAACAACAAACAUACUGUACAGUAUUUAAUACCAUAGCCUCGCUGUAUCAUCACUAUAUCAAAAUGCCAUAUGCAACGUCUUUUCUCUC